AUGGAACGAAUGUGGAGAAAAGUUGGUGGUUUUACUGGUCGUACAUCAAAAUCAUCAACAACAAUACAAUCAGAUACAGCUAGUUCAGCUGGAUUUGGUGGUGAUAAUCAAAUUCAAGUUGUUGCUGUUUCUGGUACUGGUAAUAAUUUAGUAACUGGAACAGCAAAUGCAGUCCCUAGUUCAAGUAAUAAUACAAAUAAUACAAAUAAUUUAGCAGUAACUGGUCGCCGUUUAGCUGCUAGCGGUGAUCAACAAAUACCAAUUGAUAAUAAUGGUGUUGAUGGUGGUGGUGGUGGUGGUAUAUCAAGUUCCUUUAGUCAACAUGUUUUACAUCAAAGUACAGCAUCAUCAGAACGUCGAAGACGUCGUAGAAGAAAAAGUCGUCAAAGGACAUCAAAUAGAGAAAGAAUAUUUGGGGGAUUUCGAAAUGAAUCAUCAUCAAAUCAAAUAGAUGAUAAUUGUAAUAAUGCAGAAAAUGGAGCAACUGAUAUUAAUGAAAAAAGAAAUGAAAGAAAUGGAAAUCGUGCAAGUACAAGAGAUUCAUCUUUACGACAACGUGCUGUAGCAAAAUUACGUAUGUUUAAUUUUCAUUUAAAUUGGGAUCUGCAUAUGACUCAGUGUAAACCAUGUGUGCCUCGUUCUGGAAAUAUUCUAACAAGACGGCUGUGUCGAAAUCGACGUGGUGAGGAUAAUGAACUUUAUCGUUCGAAUAGUUUUAAAUUUGAACGUUUUGAAAGAAAGGAGGUGAAUGAAAGUGGUACAACACUUCAAAGAAAGUCACCAGAAAAUUCUAUUACAGACUUUUCUUCUGGUUCUGAUGACAAUUAUGAACCUAGCAAGAGUUCAGCAUCUGAAACGGGUGAAGCGGAACCAGAAAAACUUACAGAAUGUUUUAUAGACUAA